AUGAUGGUGCACUGUGCCGGCUGCGAGCGGCCCAUCCUCGACCGCUUCCUGCUGAACGUGCUGGACCGCGCGUGGCACAUCAAAUGCGUCCAGUGCUGCGAGUGCAAGACCAACCUCUCCGAGAAGUGCUUCUCGCGCGAGGGCAAGCUCUACUGCAAAAAUGACUUCUUCAGGCGCUUUGGCACUAAGUGUGCGGGCUGUGCGCAAGGCAUCUCGCCCAGCGACCUGGUGCGCAAGGCCCGCAGCAAAGUCUUCCACCUCAACUGCUUCACCUGCAUGGUGUGCAACAAGCAGCUGUCCACGGGCGAGGAGCUCUACGUUAUCGACGAGAACAAGUUCGUGUGCAAGGACGACUACCUGAGCUCGUCCAGCCUCAAGGAGGGCAGCCUCAACUCAGUGUCAUCCUGUACGGACCGCAGUUUGUCCCCGGACCUCCAGGACCCGCUCCAGGACGACCCCAAGGAGACGGACAACUCGACGUCGUCGGACAAGGAGACGGCCAACAACGAGAACGAGGAGCAGAACUCGGGCACCAAGCGGCGCGGCCCGCGCACCACCAUCAAAGCCAAGCAGCUGGAGACGCUCAAGGCCGCCUUCGCCGCCACGCCCAAGCCCACGCGCCACAUCCGGGAGCAGCUGGCGCAGGAGACCGGCCUCAACAUGCGAGUCAUCCAGGUGUGGUUCCAGAACCGGCGGUCCAAAGAACGAAGGAUGAAACAGCUAAGCGCACUGGGCGCCCGGAGACACGCCUUCUUUCGGAGUCCGAGGCGCAUGCGUCCCCUGGGGGGCCGCUUGGACGAGUCUGAAAUGUUGGGGUCCACACCAUACACCUACUAUGGAGACUACCAAGGCGACUACUACGCGCCCGGAGGCAACUACGACUUCUUCGCGCACGGCCCGCCGUCGCAGGCGCAGUCCCCCGCCGACUCCAGCUUCCUGGCCGCCUCGGGGCCCGGCUCGACGCCGCUGGGCGCGCUGGAGCCGCCGCUGGCCGGGCCGCACGCCGCCGACAACCCCCGGUUCACCGACAUGAUCUCGCACCCGGACACGCCGAGCCCCGAGCCGGGCCUGCCGGGCGCGCUGCACCCCCUGCCCGGCGAGGUGUUCAGCGGGGGGCCCAGCCCGCCCUUCCCCAUGAGCGGCGCCGGCGGCUACAGCGGACCCCUGUCGCACCCCAACCCCGAGCUCAACGAGGCCGCCGUGUGGUAAGGCCGCCGGGACGGGCCGCCCCCCGGACGGACGCAGCGUCCCCGAAACCAAAACGCCCCUGUGGGCUCGCUCAGGGGUUCCCUCCGGGUCCGCAUUCGACGCGCCGCGGCCGCCGGGCUGGGCGCGCGGUGGGGGAGCGCCCCCGCCGCCACCCGCGGGCUCCCCGGGACCCCCGCCUCCGCCCGCGCUCCCCUGGCAGCCGCGAGCGAUUUCUCGGGACCCAAGUCAGCCCUGCAGGGUCAGGAGACCCGGAGCGCGCGCUGGCCCCGGCCCCACCCCCACCCCGUGGACCCCGAGAGGGCGGAGGCCAAGGGGCGGGGGCGUGUCCCUCCCGCUGCCAUCCGAGUGGCAGUUUUGUCAUCGGAUUCCUCACUCUGCUUUCCCCGUCUUUCCAACAAGGAAGGGAGAGAGGUUGGAGGGGGAGAGGGGAAAGGGAGCGAAAGGAAGAAGAGGAGAGAUGGACGGAGAGCGCGCCAGCCGGGGAGGGAAGACGGAGAGAAAGCGAGAAACGCGCUGGACUGGGGCGCCGCUGGGAGACACAGCCGCUUGCGCGUUCGCGCCCCCUGGUGGCCAGUCUUAGGGCUCAAGGUCAGCUUUUCCAGGGAGGCGGGGUGGCCGGACCGCCGCCAGCCCUGGGCCAGGCGCCCCCCUUCUUCCUGGACCGUUAUGUUGAGCCCCAGGGGCCAGGCCAGACUCGACCACUCGCCCACCCUGCUCUCCCCGCGGGCGCGGCGCCAAGAUUUCUGGGCUCUGGCCCACAGACCCCCUCCCUGCCCCGGGGCUGGAGGCUGGGUCGUCAGGAUGUACAGUAUUAUACUUUUUUGGA